GCCGCCCGGGAAGGUUUGAAAUUUGUAACGGAGGCUUGACGGGUGGAGUUGGCAGCCGGGAGGAGGCAAGGCGGACGGCGGACACCCAGCCGGGUCUCGGGCAGCGGGGAUGGCCGAGCAGGAGCCCGAAUCGGCAGCGCCGCCGCUGAGGGAAGGGACAACGGCAGCAGCAGCAGCAGCGACUGCGCUAAUAAUGGCUCCAGAGCCCGCCGCGGAAGUGGGUGAGAUCAGCCCGCCAGAGGCGGAGGAGGAACGGACAGAAGUGGUGGGGAUGGAGAUCGAUGGCCGGGCAGAGGAGCCCUCGCAGCCUGGGUCAGCCACCGGCAGCUCUGAGCCAGCAGAAGUCGUCGAAGUCCCUCCACUCGAGGACAAAGAAAGUGAUGGGCAAUGCUGUGGCUGCCAUGAUGACAGGAGUUGUAGCAAGUCAGGAACCGUGUUGCAAAGGCUCGUGCCGGAGAGAAAUGGAUCGUUCCCAGACACCUUCCAGACGGACAACCUUCUGUUUUAUGAGAGAUUCAAGACCUACCAGGACUUCAUGUUGGCAGACUGCAAGGCCUCGGAGGUGAGAGAAUUCACAGCGGACUACUUGGAGAAGGUCCUUGAACCAUCAGGGUGGCGGGCAGUUUGGCACACCAACGUGUUUGAGGUGCUGGUAGAGGUUGCCGAUGUGGAAUGCUCGACUCUGAAAGCCGUGGUGCGCCUUGCGGAGCCCUUCUUGUGUGAGACCCAGGGGGGUACCUUCACUCCGGAGUGCAUACAAGAACUCUUGGAACUGAAGGAGCGUCGGCUGCCGUUGCAGGAGUUGUGGGUGGUGUUUGACGAAUCGGGAGAGUUUGACCAGACAGCGCUUGCCCUUGAGCAUGUCAGGUUUUUCUACAAGCACAUUUGGCGGAGCUGGGAUGAAGAGGAUGACGAUGACUUUGAUUACUUCGUCCGAUGCGUUGAGCCUCGGCUCAGACUGUACUAUGACAUAAUUGAAGAUCGCGUCCCCUUCACACUUGUUGCAAACUACCACAGCCUUCUCUCCCAGUGCGAGGAGCAAUACCGCAUGUUUCUAGACCUCAGGAACAGUCUCUCGUGCACCGAUUCAGACUCGGAAGCCGAAAACAUCUCCAUGGUGGAAGGGAUGAAACUCUAUGACGGGCUGGAGCAUCUGAAGCAAAAGCUGAAGCUUAUUGAAAAUCCCCUCUUAAGGUACGUGUUUGGCUAUCAAAAGCACGCUGGCUUCCAAGCCAAGGGAGCCCGCCCGUCUGGGACCACCAUCACUCACGUUGUGUCUGCUACCAUGAUGUCAAGCCUGUUGCAGUGUCUGUUCAGGGACAAACUGUCCCCAGAGUCUUGCAACAAAGAAAUAGAAAUCCAGUUCCACAGUGACCCACUGUCUGCUAUGACUGCUAGUCAUGAAGGGGACAGAAUCGUGAUCUGUCCUGGUCACUACAUUGUUGAGGGCGUCUUAUACAUUGCAGACUCAGUUGAACUAGAAGGCUACGGUCUGCCAGACGACAUUGUGAUAGAAAAGCGAGGGAAAGGGGACGCUUUUGUUGAGUGCACCGGAGCAGAUGUGAAAAUCUCCAGCAUGAAACUGGUUCAGCAUGAUGCGGUAGAGGGCAUCUUAAGCGUUCACCAAGGGAAGACUACAAUGGAGAACUGCGUGUUGCAGUGCGAGACGACAGGAGUUGCGGUCCGAGCAUCUGCUGAGCUUUCAAUGAAGAACUCCGACUUGUAUGGGGCGAAGGGCGCUGGCAUCGAAAUUUAUCCAGGGAGCACAUGUACCUUGAUGGGCAACGGCAUCCACCAUUGCAAAGAGGGGAUCCUGAUCAAAGACUUCUUGGAAGAGCACUAUGAAAUUCCCAAGAUUACCAUGGUGAACAAUGUCAUCCAUAACAACGAGGGGUACGGAGUUGUCUUGGUGAAACCUGCCACCUCUGCUGAGGUCGGAGAAAGCGCUCCAAAAGGCUUGGAAGAAGAAAUAAAGGAUACCCAGUCCAAUGGUGACACAACAAACACAGUGUGCGAAGGCAAACGGGCAAGUGAAGAAUUUGUCCCCUGUGGAACAGACGUCUCCGGGCACAUAGAGGGCAAUUCCGAAAUUGCAACGGAACUUUCUGCUGCAUCUCUGAAGAAGAGUCAGCUGCGUAAGAAACGACUGAGUAACCUUGGGAUCAUGGAGGCAGAUGAGAAUCUCAUGUCUCAGGAAAUGUUUGUGUCCAUCGUGGGCAACCAGUUCAAGCGAAAUGGGAAAGGGAGCUUUGGGACAUUCCUUUACUGACUUUUCUAGGAAUGGCAUUGCAGUAGGAGAUCUCUAGUUUGGCUGCGGUCUGGCUUCUUCCAGAAGAACGACAACUGCCUCUGCUUCCACCCUUUCCCUGUACACUUCUUGCUUCGGUGUGAUUCUGCCGUAUUUAUUAACAGCAUGGAUGUUAUGAGUGAAAUCUGUAUUCCUUGCAGUGGUUU